GAAGCAGCGAAAUCGAGGAAGGAAGAAGCUGCCGGCGUUCGAUAGUUCGGCAGUCCUCGGAGCGUCCUGAGAAGGCUGCUCGAUUUGCUCUGUGCUCGGCGUGCCGCCUGUCUAGUCCGGAAGGAAUCGUGGCGCUGCCGCCCCCUCAGGCCACUGACCCGCUCUCGAUGGUGUGAAGGAUCCCCCCCGGCCGCAGCCUUCUCUGCAGCCCAGCGCCAUGAACCUGCUUCCGGCCAACCCGCACGGGAAUGGGUUGCUGUUCGCCGGCUUCAACCAGGACCACGGGUGCUUUGCAUGUGGAAUGGAAAAUGGAUUUAGAGUGUUUAAUGCAGAUCCACUCAAAGAGAAGGAGAAACAAGAAUUUCUCGAAGGAGGUGUUGGCCAUGUUGAAAUGUUGUUUCGCUGCAAUUAUUUAGCUUUGGUUGGUGGUGGAAAAAAACCCAAAUACCCACCUAAUAAAGUGAUGAUCUGGGAUGAUCUGAAAAAGAAGACUGUUAUCGAAAUAGAAUUUUCUACAGAAGUCAAAGCAGUUAAGCUGCGAAGAGACAGAAUUGUAGUAGUUCUGGACUCCAUGAUUAAAGUUUUCACAUUCACACAUAAUCCUCACCAGUUGCAUGUCUUUGAAACCUGCUACAACCCUAAAGGUCUCUGUGUCCUGUGCCCAAAUAGUAAUAACUCCCUACUUGCAUUCCCUGGAACACAUACUGGACACGUACAGAUAGUGGACCUGGCAAAUACAGAAAAACCUCCGGUAGAUAUACCUGCUCAUGAAGGAGUUUUGAGUUGCAUAGCUCUUAACCUACAGGGAACAAGAAUUGCCACAGCAUCAGAAAAAGGGACCCUUAUAAGAAUAUUUGAUACAUCAUCUGGACAUUUAAUCCAAGAGCUGCGCAGAGGAUCUCAGGCUGCCAAUAUCUAUUGUAUUAACUUCAACCAAGAUGCUUCUCUCAUCUGUGUGUCAAGUGAUCAUGCCACAGUGCACAUCUUUGCUGCAGAGGAUCCUAAAAGGAACAAGCAGUCAAGCUUAGCAUCUGCCAGCUUCCUGCCCAAAUACUUCAGUUCCAAAUGGAGUUUUUCCAAAUUUCAGGUUCCCUCAGGUUCUCCCUGCCUCUGUGCCUUUGGAACAGAGCCGAAUUCUGUCCUAGCUAUCUGUGCAGAUGGCAGCUACUACAAAUUUUUAUUCAAUCAAAAAGGGGAAUGCUCCAGGGAUGUCUACGCUCAGUUCCUAGAAAUGACUGAUGACAAACUUUGACUGAACUGAUGGAAGUUUGUAGGUGGGGGGAAGGAGGUCUGGAACCCCAUCCUGCUUCUUCUCCCUCUUCUGAAGAGAUGGCCUCUCAUUACUCCAGCAGUCAACAGUGCUCCUCAAGAUGGGACAGAUGACCUUAAAAAGCCCAAGCCAAUAUGAUCAGAGCAAGGCAGAGGAUUGAUAUAUUAACUGUCAACAGCUGGUUUUAAAUGUUUGUUUUGGCUGUUUCUGUUCUUUCAAUUUUCUUUUUUUUAAAAAAAAGUUUCAGUAGCCUGUGCCUGUUGGGUCUCUCUGUAAUUAACCUGUCAAACAUAGUGCCUGCCAGAUCAUAAGACUGAAGGGGCAGGAGAUUACUAGGGCUUAAACUGAAUGGGACUCAUCAAAAAUACAUACAGAUUUAAGUUCUAGUACCAUACUUAAGAGGUGGCAGGAGAAUCAUGCAAGGCAAGUGGCAAUAUUUAUACCAGCAUUUUCUGCCUUUACAAAUGUCUGUUUCCUCAUCUUCUAAUACAUAGAAAGGAAGCUUAGCAAGUUGACUUAGUUGCACUGCUCAGACACACAUAAAAUGCUCAAGGUCCUUCUUUUCAUACUUUAUAAAUAGGUAUUAACUUGUUUUGUCAUUUGUCAGAGGUGCCAAAAGAAAUCCCAUGGCAAAUAGCAUUAAGUACUGUCGGCCUAAGUAAUAUUAUGCAGAGCAGGCAGUGACAUAGGAUAACACUGAGGGGUCGGGAAGAUGACAGUGAAUAAUGUAGAUAUUGGAAAUAAUCAUUCCAGGCACUUGAACUCUUGUUCCAGUGGUGUUUGCACUUAAGUUGUACAAGGAAAGGCCUACAAGCUACAACAUAAUCUGUGAAGGCUAACAGGUAACAGGAACUAGUGCCCCUUUAGAUUGUUGGACUCCACUCCCAUCAGCUGUAGCCAGCAUAGCAAGAGAUGAUGGGAGUUGUAGUCCAAGUGCUGAAGGGCUGCAGGUUUUCCACUUCUGCUCUGUAGCCUGUAAGAUGUCUGUAUCAUAUAGCACACUUGCUGUAUGUUCAGAACAAAUUAAGCUGAUGCCUCUCAGAAAUGUGACAAAUCAGACACACAACUAUAUUACAGGUGUUUUGGAAAAUGAGGUAUGUGGACACAUAAUUUGGAAUUACCACUAUCACCCCUUUAAAGCACAACUUCAGUUAUUAGUUCCCUUGAUUUCAUGUUUCAGAAUGAAGUCUUAGUUCAAGUUGAAAAGUAUUGUAAUUUGUCAUUUAACUAAAACCUAUAUUCAGAUGUCAGUUUGCAUGUUGCUUUUAAAUGUGUAUUUAAUCAUGGAAAUUGUUUUGCACACCUUUUGUAAUUUUCUUUAAUUAAAAGUGACUAAUUUGC